CUGCGCUCCUGCGUCUGUUGUGAUUCGGAUGAAGACAGAUCCAUGUCACAAACUUAUAAAGAGUGAAAACAUGAAGAUUGAAGAAGUAUUCAGUCUGAAGCAUGAAGAGACUGAGGAACAAAUAAAGAUGGCGUUUAUUAAAGAGGAGAGUGAAGACAUGAAGAUUGAAGAAGUAUUCAGUCUGAAGCAUGAAGAGACUGAGGAACAAAUAAAGAUGGCGCUUAUUAAAGAGGAGACUGAAGACAUGAAGAUUGAUGGAACAUUCAGAGUCAAACAUGAAGAUACUGAGGAACAAACAGAUUUGAAAAGACACAUGGACAGAAGACCUUUAAGGAAUCACCACCGAAAGUGUGAAGAGAAAUUUGAAAAUACUCUGGCCAAAAAGGACCACUGCAAAGAGAGUCAUGGUGAUGAACCUUGGAGCCCCCCAUCAACACCACCACCAUCCAGAGAAGACGAGGAGCUCCGAGACGAGCUUCUGUCAUCCAGUGGGUCUGAUGCAGAUCCACUGGAUGAGGACUUCAAACCAUCUCCAUCGCCAUCAUCCAUUGAAGAUGAGUUGCUUGCACUAGAGUCCCAGUCAUCCUGCCACAAUACUCCAGAGAAGCACCAUAGUCAUGCAUCAUCCAGUGAAACUGACACCAGAGAAGCUGAGAAUCAGAAGGCCAAAGGUAAAGCCGUUCAAAAAGGUUCAAAGUCAAAAGGAAAAGGAGGGAUGUUUAAAGAUGAUAAAAAGAUAACCGUUAAAAGAAGCGGAACAAAGGAUGGUGCUAGAGUCUGGGACAAAGUCCAUUACUGUGUCGUCUGUGAAACGGCUCAACUGAAGAUAGCUAGACAUCUAGAAAGAAAACAUAUUAUGGAACGCGAUGUCGCCUAUGCUUUUAGUUUCCCAGUUGGCUCAAAACAAAGGAAGAUUCUGAUAGAAGGCCUUCGUAAUAAGGGUGACUGGAAACACAAUCGCAUGGUCUUCGAGGAAGGAAAUGGUGAGAUCGUAGUAUGGAAACGGCCCUCCGAGAAGGCAGACAUAGAGAGCUACCUACCAUGUCAACACUGUUAUGCAAUGUUCAAGAGGACUAAACUCUGGAGACAUCUGAAGUCAUGUAGAGAACAGAACGAGGAAAGAAAGAAUGGCAAAAGAGUACAAAAAUCUUCCUCGCAUCUACUUCCACGCAAAUCAGGCCAAGUACAAAAGAUCAUCCACUCUAUGAAACAAGAUCAUGUAAGCUCUCACAUCAGAAGUGAUGAGAUGAUUUGUGUGUAUGGAGAUGCAUUACUUGCAAAAAAGGGCCGUGUAGAAUCUCAGCACAGAUACAUUGGACAAAAGCUGAGAGAACUAGGACGCUUUAUGUUGGCUGCCAAGGAGAUUGAUGAGCGUGCCCAAACUCUUAAAGACAUUUGUGAUCCAGCGAAUUUUAAACUGGCAAUUGAAGCAGCCAGACACGUGUCAAACUAUGAUGUAAACAAAAACGAAUAUGGAAGGCCAUCGAAAGCUGUUAAAAUUGGGUUUUCACUCAAAGGGGCCACUGAAGCCUGGAUAGGCCACUGCUUGAUGGACUCUGAUGUCAUAACUGAGAAGGCCAAAAAGUUCAAGGAGUUGCUGGAGAGCUCAUGGUCCAUUCAUGUGUCGACUAAUGCUCAUAGCUCAUUGGAGCAACGGCGGUGGGGCAAAGAAGACACUUUGCCUCUGACGGAGGAUGUUAUCACUCUCCAGAACUACCUGAGGACCGUUGAGGAUGAGGCAAAGGCCGAGUUAACAGAGCGUGUGAGUACUACAGCAUACAGGAAGUUAAGUGAGAGCCUUCUUGCACAAAUAAUUCUGUUCAAUAAUAAGCGUGAAGGAGAAGCAUCACGCUUAACCCUUGAGACAUAUCUAAAAGCAGACACCGGUCCUGUUAAUAAGGACAUUUAUGAGACUCUGUCGCCUGUGGAAAAACAAAUGAGCCACAGACUGACACGUUUGGUGACUCACGAAAGGAGAAGCAGAAAGGUGCCCAUCCUUCUUCUUGAGCGCACAAAAGCUUCGCUUGACUUCCUGGUUGAAAAACGGAGGGAAGUUGGCAUACUUGAGGAGAACCCCUUUCUGUUUGCCAGGCUCAGCACAACAUCCAAUCUCCGUGGGUGGGACUGCCUCAGAAGAUCUGCAGAAGAGAGCAAGGCCAAAAACCCAGAACUGCUGAGAUCAACAAGGCUGAGGAAACGCGUUACUGCCAUAUGUCAGCUUCUCAACCUCAGCAAUCAGGAACUUGAGCAAGUUGCUCGUUUUAUGGGACAUGAUAUCGGAGUCCACUGCGAGUAUUAUCGACAGACCGAUAAAACAGUCCAAGUGGCCAAAAUCAGCAAACUUCUGUUUGCGAUGGAGCAUGGAGCAGAGUCACUAAAAGGGAAGAGUCUGCAAACACUGGACUCCGUUAUCAGUGGCAAAAGACACGCAGUCACCCCAACUAAAGAUCUGAAAGGUGUCAAGAAGAGAAGGACGUCAGAUGCAGGAAUUCAACAGGAAGAUCAUGAAGAUGGACGACAGCUGUCCACCACAAGCUCAUCAGCUCAAAGGAAAAAGAAGACCGUCACAACACAAAGACAAGAUGAUGACGACUCCGCAGGAUGGUCUCUUGAGAAGAGACCAUGUCAAACCUCAAGAACAAGACAAGCAGAUGAUGGUAAUGCUGAUGAGGAUGAUGGGAGUGAUAACAGCAGUCAAGGCAUUGAAGACACAGAUGGACUGGUGCACCAGGAGAUGGGGGAGGGACAAAUGGAGAGAACUGCAGAAAAACAUGAUGAUGAUGGACAGGAGCCACACUCAACUUCAGGAAGCUCGUCUGCUGAUAAACCAAAGAGGAUUACAGCAUCUAAACUGGAUGAUGAUGAUGAAGAUAGCGCUGACUCUGAGCAUGAUGAAAAGGAUCAAAAAGGGCGUGCUAAGAGGCUAAAGCAAUCCCCUAAGAAGAGCCAGAAGAAGACUGCAGUUAUAAGACAACGCAGUGAUGUUGAUGCUCCAGAAAGAGUCGUCAAGAACCGAAGUAAGAGACCCUGGAAUGACCAGGAGAGGACGGCAGUCAAACGACGCCUUGCCAAGUUAAUCUCCCUUAAAAUGGUUCCAGGAAAGCAGGACUGCCUGAUGUGCAUUGCCAAAGAGACUCCAGUCCUAAGUGCACGGACGUGGAAAGACGUGAAGUAUUUUGUAUACAAUGAAAUUGUUAAAGUUAAAAGAAAGCUUGCAUUAUAAAUGAACGGACUUUGAGUUUCCCCCCUCUGUUGUAUUUCCCGUGUCUUAAAGGGUGAAUUGUCUGUUAGUUUGUUCAUUUGUUAACACUCUAACAACUUAAUAAAUAAACCAGCAUUGAUUAUUA